GCUCCAUAUCGACAACUUUGAUACUCAAGUUCUCACCACGGACUUUCUCAUCGUAUUGACAAAACGUUUUGAAAUUUUCGAAUCAUGGGGUUAUCAGGCUCAGAAUCAGGCCAGGAUCCACAGACCAAGCAAAUCCACGCAGACGACAUUGAUGAGGGGAGCAGUUCCAACAACAAUGCAUCCACAACCAGCGUACACAUUCACUCGAAUGUAAAUGAACCUGCUAUUCAGAGUGUGUACUCAGCCAGCUCUAAGUCCUACGCCUCAUCAGGGACAUCAAGGUCGACGCAUCCUAUAGAUCACCGCAGCUACCGCGAGCAUAGUGCUUCUCAACAUACAAGUAGAGUUUCUUCUUCGGGCCGAAACGUAGUUGUACACCAUCACAAAGGUCUUUAUGAUGCCAAUUCACCUACAGCCCGUUAUGGGGGGAGUUAUAGCGAGAGACCCAUGACACAUGAUCGGGGAGGUUCUUCCCGCGCUGUCGGCAAAACAAGCCCAAGUCUUCCAGCGGACCCAAAGAACAUAGAAUUACCGCUCUGGAUACAAGAUUCCAUCGUUUCUACGUUCAUACGAAAACUGAAUGGAAGUUCAGAUCGGAGCGAAUGGGAUGUUUCCCAACGACAGGGCUGGACUCGUCGAGCGAAGGCGGUAAAGGACAAGGCGCUCCGUGCCCUUACUCUUUUCUUCACGCAGCUCUCCAGUGAAGAGCAAUCGACUAGCGCUUCAAUUUUCAUGAUAACCUUAUUAUCAGCGUUUAAGGAUGCAAUUGUGGAAGGUGUCCUUGGUGCUUUUGAGCCAGAAGAAAGCUCGUCAGGGCUCGAGUCAAAUAGUACCGUGGUCGAUACUCAACUCAGCGACGCUAUUCGUUUCCUGGCCGUCUCAGUUAACUCUGAUGAAAACGCAAUCAUUCCGAUGAUCAUUUCGACAGUGCUGAAGGGUACUGAGGCUGUUAGUGUUGCCGACAGGGACUCAUUCUCAAGAGCUAUUCAGGACUCCAUACAAUCUCUUGCACAAGACCAGCCGUUCAAGGAUCUUGCCCAAGCGCUCACUUUCUUACGAUAUCAAAGAUACUCGACGAGCAAAAUGGAAGUCAUUGAUGAUUGCGUCCGAAAACGCGUGUCGGCGGACGAUACUGAAUGGCUGAUAUUGCAUACAGAAUGGGAACCUGUUCACUUCAUGUCUUCACUGAGGAAGGAAUAUGGAAACGAAAGCAACGACUCUCUGGAGUUGGGCUGUUUGUUGACGCUGACGGGAUCCGACAUCUUUCCUCACGCCGAUACCUGCAUGGCUUAUGUCAAGCGUACUUGGCCGCAGUUGGGUCACAUCAUUAUCGGAAUGUUGGAGAGCGCACUCCUCGAGGCAAUGGGUGCUCCCCCCUUGGCUCAGGGACGGGACGGCAUUUGUCGUCGUGAAGACGUGUUAAAGCUUGAAGAAAAUGGCCAAUAUGCCAAUACUCCUAUCAUGGUCUCGUUUAGAAAUAGUCUCAUUACACUUGAGCUAAAAGGCAGUGUUGAUCAACUUGUCAAAGUCGCCCAGAUAGUGGCGUGGAUAAGUUCCGCUCUUCGUUUGCUACCACAGGACCAACCUCCCACUUCUUGCUUAACAACCAUUACUCAGGAUUCGGAAGGUUUGGUUUUGCGUCAAGCCUUUACUGCGCUCAAACUGGAUUCGCAACAUGGUGGGUGUUGGGUUCCAUUGUUGCCCCGCGCUGUUAUCGCCGAAGGAUUCCCCAUUCCAGACAGACACUCAGAACUCGGGUUGGAGAUCCCACUUGAUAUGUUGUCUGCGCUCAUUGGAGGCUCCGCUGCUGCUGAGUAUUGCGGUGGCAUCCUGAUCAAAGGAUUCUCCGCCAUGCUUGUCCCCGUAAAGCGAACAGAGCACGGCAUCCAGUGGCACCUUGUAUCGAGCAACGAUGAAGAAACGCCACUGUCAUACUUGGAGGGUGUGGGAUGGUGCCCUGAGAGAGCAAAUACUUCAGAAGUCCCGAUGGAUUUGAUAUCGACCAGCAGGACAUUUGUCGGGUGGUGCCGUGAGGUCAUCUCAUGCUUGGGACGCAAUCCUAAAGAUUUCGAUUACGCUAUUAUUCGCAACUCCCAUGCGGAGCCUCCUACUUCCCGAAUCACACUCGACAACAUCACCGUCGGCUUCCAGCAAAUCGCCACAGCCGAGGCGAAUUUCAAGUUCAUGGCUCCCCAAUCGCCGGCCUUCUUUAAACAACACCGCCGAUACGCUGCGAUGAUAAGGCUAACAAAAGAUGCUCGCGUGUUGCUCUACGAUUCAGAUGACAAGAGAGCAUGGCUUGUCACCGCAGACGAGGUGAUAUUGCACAUGGCACAGUACCGCCUUGUUCGAAGUCCUGCGAUGAUGGAUGGGCAAGUCGUAAACAUCAAGGCAACUGGACCUGCUGCAGAAGCUUUGCAAUCAAACGCCAGUCUUACCUUGGAAGAAGGUUAUACCUUUCAAGACAUGGUCAAGAAUACAUGGGCAAUGCUGGAGUUCCUCCAAGCUGAUCUUGAGGCAAAAAAGAAGGACACUUCACCUCUGUGGAAAAAUAAUUUUCUCUCAGGCUAUGAGUUCCGGGCCUGUGCGGAAGAAGCUUCUAGCUUCACUAUACGGCAACUCAAGCUGGACCGCUCCGCAGCCGACUGGGCAUCUCUUGUUCGGAGUAUUAACGCGCUGGUCCUCUUCGGUCGGGGAUUCGGCGAAUUGCUAAAGCCAGGGGUCGGCGGAGAGAUUGGAUUGUGCCCCCGUUGGAGAACUCUGCCACGCUGUAGAGAUUUAAUGGCGACUUCAGUCAAGGUGCUACAGCAAUUGUACGACGAAGUACCUGCUGAAGGGCCGAGGAGGUACUUGGCAAGUUCCAAGUUGGAAUGGCACCGCGGUGACUCCUUGCUUUUCGAAUCCUGCAUCCCACCUCUUGAUUCAUGUUAUUGUCAGAGGGCGCAGAGAAUUGUGCCAGGAUACAGCCUCACGCGGCUUAAACCACCUGGAGACCUCGCUCCAGAUGGUGGAGUGGUAUUUGGUGACUGUCGGAAAGAACAUAAGUUAAUGAAACGGAUGACUAGUACAGGGGUUCGCUAGGGCAUCGGCGUUUGAUUCCUUUAAAAAUCUGGCCUUUAUAGCGCAAGAUCUAGGAAUUCAGCCAGUUAGUUGAUAGCUUAAGAUUGUCUAAUACAAUGUUACGAUUUUGUUCACCGG